AUGCAGGUCCGACCACCCACCACGGAGCGGUACAUCCCGCCUACAGCACCCCAUGUACCGAUCCAUGCGGUCCAGAGCCUCAUCCCGCGUCUCGCCACGGCAAUCAACGACAUUGACGGCCUCAAGGCGCAGCUCGCAGCGGGCAAUGCGGACGGCAGCAUGCCAAGCUGGGAUACUCUUCUCCAGCGCUACGCCAUGCUCCUCGGUCGUGUGCACGCUCUGAGCUCGUACGUCGCUCAACCGCCAAGCAAGGGGCCGGGUCUCCCCUCUGUGCGGUCUGCUGCAGUUCCCCCCGGACCACCAGGAGCAGCAGCAGCAGCCGCAGCAGCCGGUGCCGGCGGCGCGGCCUCGGUCCCCGGCGCACCAGGCGCCGACGCUGCCCAGCCGCCCGCGCUCGCACACUACCUCGUGCACCCUCUCCGCCCGCUGCCACCAGAUGCCAACCCUAUCGCGCCCGACGUCCUCUUCCAGGCGAUCAACACGCUCCCACUGCCCGCGCUCGCUGGCGCCCAGGCCGAGCUGCUGGGCGGCGGCGGCGCGGCGUCCGACUCUGCUGCAUCAACCUCGGCGGCGGCUGCCGGCCUCUCGUCAAGCAAGGGGUUCAUGGGCGCCGAGGCGCUGGCCAAACUCGACGAAACGGCGCUCACGACCUUUACGACCGACCUGCGAGCACGCCUCGACCGCGAGUCGCACCGCGCCACCGCGAUGGUGCGCGAGAUCCAGCGGCGAGAGGAGGAGUUUGACUGGACGAUGCGUGUGGGCGAGGAAGAAGAGGAGAAGGACGACCUGUUUGACGAUGACGAGGAGGAUGUGGACAUGAAGCCUGCACCCGUGCCCAACCCGCGCGAGGGCUGGUCUGUGGCCGAUUAUCUCAGGCUGUUGGAUACGGGCAGGCCACCAGAGCAAGCGCCUGCACCGGCGGCGCAGGCGGCCACGGGUGCUGCUGGUGCUGCUGCGCCGGCAUCGACGUCACCUGCUGUAGCUGCUGGAUUGGUGCCGGGCCCAUCAGCAUGA